CUUCAAUUGUAGCUCCGUCUCGGGUGCCGCGCAGUUCGUCUGCUCUACAACGCACCACUUUCCACCACCAGCCAGUCGCCCGCCAUGCCAAGCUGGAGAGAAGAGUAUCUCUUAUCCCUCCAGGAUGUGGAGACCAAGAAUCCAGUCAACAUGGACCUUGUCCAGGCCUGUACGCAAGCUACCCCGCCUCGGCGCCCUUCCCUCCCUUUGUCUGGCGGCCGUGGGUUGACAGAGAGAGCAGGCUCCCAGAUGGCCGACCGGAUAGCCGCCCUCGAGGCCGAAAAAUCCGCCCUGCAAUCGCAAAUCACAAACCCCAGCACGGGUGGUGGCGGCAAUGCAGCAGGCCGAAAGACCGUCGCGAGCAGCAGCCCGUCGACGCCGUCGGACGAUCCAGGCGUCUCGCAGCUGCGUGUUGAUCUCGCCGAGUCGCUCCGCGCCAAGGGCGUCGCAGAGUCCCGCCUCCGCACCGCCGAGGAGGAGCUCGGCAAGCUGCGGACCAAGACAAAGGACGACGCGCGAUCCAUCCGCGACCUGACGGCCGACCGGGCGAGCGUCAGGAUGAGAUUAAAGGACCAGGAACACGAGCUGAGAGAACAGAGGAAGCUGCUCGAGCAAGUGCAAGACGAGAUGAUUACGCUUAACUUGCAAGUCUCCGUCGCCGAAAAGGAGCGCGACAAGGCAAGAAAGGAAAACAAGGAGCUCGUUGACCGGUGGAUGAAGCGUAUGGCACAAGAGGCCGACGCCAUGAACCUCGCAAAUGAACCCCUCUUCGACAAGACCCGCUGAUUACGAUACGACAUGCGGACGCAGGUGGCCACGUCCCAUCACAGGCUCUUGCUGGCGGGCGGCAAAACUGGCAGAUCAACUAUUUACGUGUUGAGAUAAAGUACGGACCCCCAGCGUUGGUCCAGCUCACGUAUCCUUCCGGGUACGAGCACUCCUCCACGUCGAGGAUGGUGCUCCCGACAUCGUUGACAUUGUGGCUGCUCUUGAACUCGGCCACAAAAGACCGCAGCGAGAUGAUCUUGCACCCCGGCUUGAGGUCCAGGAACAUGCGCACCAGGUCAUCAUUGAGCUGCGACGUAAAGGCCUUGUUGUUCACGAGCACCACGUCGGCGCGCUUGAGCGCGUCAUGGAUGAUACUAUUUUUUCGAAAGUCGCCACGUUCGAGGUGGACCUUGCCCGGGCGAAUUCCCCAGAGCAUGCAUCGCGAGGUAAACUCGUCCACCUGCGCAUCGGCCAGGUUGCAAGCGUUCUCCAUCAUCUCGCAACCCCAGCUGUCGCAACCAAUCUCGAGCGCCGCUUGCAGACACACGUUGCCCACGCCCGACCCUAGGUCUACAAAGACCUGGUCCGACGUCAUCUUGGUCUGCUCGACAAGUAUCUUGGAGAUGAAGGGAUGCAGAAGCUCGCCGUACACAUAAUCGGUGCCAUUCUCGUACUUGGACAGGAGCUCGACCUUGGGGGCGACGGUUCGGUCGUACACCUGAUCCAGGAUGAAGGCGACGAGGUUGCGGGGCAGCUCGUGCAUGUUGUCUAGGUUCUUUGCGAUGACGCCGUCCUCGACGAGGCCGAGGAGAGUCUCGUUGUAUUCGUGUAGCGCCGACUUGAAUCCAGCGAGGUCCUGUAUAUUGCGG